UGCGACCUUUUGCAAGCACGUGAUUGAUCGGUGCAAUGUCUGCAACUGCAGAGGUCAAGGGAUUUGUUGCAUGAGGAAGGGAUCUGCAGAUGUCGCAUUUGUUUUACGAUAGGAGAACAGCAAUGGAAGAACAGAAGCCUCUCAUCAGUAGCAAGAUAGCCAUGGGGAAGAACUCGGACAUCCAUACUCAUCGCACAGACAGUGACAAGUGCCAACCUCAUGACACAUAUGAGGGCCAGUGCCAACCUUCUCAUGGUUUAGUAUUAAAGAGGGAGAAAGAUGAAGUAGAAUACAAGGAAACCCCAGAAUGCAGUGAGAGCAAUUUACUUACUAUACAAAGAGUCGUUAAGAUGAAGACAGAGUUUAGUGGAGUCAAUGUUGAAGAGAGGUCUGUUGAAGAUAUCAUAAACUGUAACAAAACCAUUAGUAUUAUUAGUCUGUCCUGUGUGAAGAUCAAAGAAGGAAAUUUAGAUGGUCUUAAUUUGAAGACUGAAGGUAUCAUUGGGAAGAAUGGUAACGCUGGUUAUGACAAAGAUCAACUGCUUGGAGGUCAGAAUAGCCUUAGUCUGCAUAAUUCAUUUCACUGUAGGGAAGCUUUUGUUAUUCCAUUAAGCUGCAAAAAUCAUGCCAUUACAUGUGCUGAUAUCAAACCAUUUAGGUGUAAGGAAUGCAGGAAAAAGUUCAAGAGUAUGUACAGUUUGAGAAAACAUGCAAGGAAUCAUACAUCAGAGAAGUGCAGGGAAUGUGGUAGAGGAUUUCUUAGCAAGAGACAGUUAGCAAAGCAUGCCAGCUUGUGCGUAAAACCAUACCAGUGUAAGGAGUGCAGUGAGAAAUUUUGCUAUGUUGGGAAUCUUUUGGCCCACAUGAAAUAUCAUGGGGCUGAAAACCCAUAUCGAGUGGAAAAACUAAUAACCGACUCUGAAGAAUCCAUUAAAGUGAGAAGGGCUAGAAAAAUAAUAAGCAAACAAGUAUUUGGCUGCUCUGAAUGUCCAAGAACUUUUCAGCGAAAGUCAAACCUUCAUUUUCACAAGCUGACUCACACUGGUAUUAAACCACAUGAAUGCCAAGACUGUUUUAGGAAAUUUAAUAGGAAAAUCGAUCUUUCAAACCAUAAGAGAUGGUGUGAAAAACCCAUCAUGUGUAAAGUAUGUAGGCAAAUGUUUAUAUACAUAGGAAACUUAAUAAAACACAUGAAGAUUCAUGAAAAAGAGUUUGUGGAAAAAGGAAACACUGGAAUGCAACAGUCCCUUUGUGUCCAGUGACAGAGUGACCCAUAAAGAGUCCAGCUGUGUAAAAAGUAGGUUGCAUACAGAGAUGUACAGAGUAUAAGCAUAUGCAAAUUCUUCUAUUUAGUAUUUUACAUGCAGUUAAAGAAGAAAAAUUGGUAUUUCAUUGCCAUGAGUAGGUAUUUCAGUACAAUAAAUGUAAGAAUGCAAAUGAAGGCUGUUGAUACUUAGUAAGUGUAUUGCAAAAUAUUACAGGGAGGAUGAUAUAUAGAUAAAUAUGAAAGUAAAAGUAUAAAUAUUUAUGAAUUAUG